CGCUAUGUAUGGGAGAGGUUGGAGGAAGUUCUAUGAAGACAACAAUCUGGGCAAGGGUCAGAUGGUGGUGUUCCACCUGGAUGAACCUUCACCUACGGCAUCUAUUUUGUGGUUCCAGGUGGGCAACGGCUCUGAAGAUGAACAGCCUAUGGAAGAGGGUGAUCCCAUUGAAGAUUCAGAUUCAGGUAAUGAGGAUGGAGAAGCUUCAAGCGAUGAUGGUGAAGGCAUUGUUCGCACUAGGGGGCUUUUGCUUAAUGAGAUAGAGGAUGCUCAGCUACAAGGACUGCUGCCUCUCAGUGAUGGUUUCAUCGGGUUUGCUUUUGUUCAUCGCCUGACAAGGACUGACAUUCGCUUGGGCAUGAUGAAAAUACCCAAGAAAGUUGCUGCUGCCACGCCGUUUGAAGAACAGGGGGUUGUUUGUAUUUCUGUGGAUGGUCGGAGAUUCAAAAAAAUCUCAUACAAAACUACUGAUGAUGGCCGCAUUGUGUUUGGCAGCAAGAAGUGGAAAAACUUCGCAGCUAGCAGAGGACUCAAAGUCAACACAGCUAUUCUUAUUGGCUUCAAGAGCAGCGAGAGGGAUGAUGUCCAUGUCCUGGUUAUCUUGAAGAAGCUUGGCUAGGCACCACGCACAGCAACUGAUGACAAGCAGAGUUGCGUCUAUAAUACUCAUCUGUUGGGUAUUCUAUAUAUUUCUGUGUCGAAGUCUGUAUGACGAACCUUUUUUCAUUUUUAUGCCAUGUUGAACCUGUCAGUGUAGUUUUGCGUUUCUUAUGUGUCCACCAAACAAUGCGGCUUGAAUAAUAUAUGAUGGGAACCCCUUUUUCUACAUUA